AUGACAGAGUUGCCGGCUUGGACUUGGCCGUCACCUUCCCCGGUUCAGGAAGCCAUUUCCACCCCGAUUAAAUUGGAUUUACCCUUCUACGAGGAUGUCUGGGGUUAUUGGAACGGCAAUCGUCUUCAACAACACUAUGCAAGUACGUCAACAUACUCGGAUGCGCCUUACAGUCGAGCCGUUUUAUUUUUUCGAGGAAGGUCGGUAACGUACUACGCAGACCAAGGCAACUUUAGUCAGGCAGCAGUUUCCAUCGACGGACAGGCUGAAGAUUUUGUCAAUCUAACGAGUUCAACGCCUAUGUAUAAGCAACCUGUAUGGAGUAAGAACCUCACAGAGGGGGAUCACCAAUUGGUGAUUCGGCAUGCCGGUCCACCCAAUACGAAUAUCAUGAUAGACUAUGUAUCCUUCCUUUCUGGCGAUGGGGCGGUAUCUACAUCUGCAGGACUUGCAGCUUCAAGCGUGGCAAAUACAGCUGUGACCGUCAAUUGCACUGAUCCUAGGAUGAUAUACACCCCCAACUGGCGGCCGGAUGGAAUGUUUUACGCUCGACGCAGCCUGUUGACUCAGUCGUCAGGAGCGAGUGCUCAAUUUACGUUUAAUGGAACCGCAAUAUGGUACUUUACCGACACCAAUAGCGAUCACGCCCAACUUCGAAUUCGAAUUGAUGACGAUGAGGAAGGGCAGAUUGUUCGGGGAUAUUCGCUUAAUCCUCUUGUUCAACGUCUUGUUUGGUCAAAAACCGAUCUUCCUCCAGGAACCCAUACCAUUAAUAUCACACAUGAUGAUUCGGACGGAAAAUACGCGACGCUUGACUUCUUCAGAUAUGUGGAAAGCGCCGGAACCGAGCCUUACGCAAAAACAGGAGGACUUACAGUCGGGGCUAUUGUCGGCAUUGUGAUUGCUGUACCUCGUUCUCGAACGGAUCGAGAUAGCGAUGCACCACCCUCAUACCAUGCUGCAAAUAGUAACAGCCAGAGCAGUAUCUCCAGCUCUCAGCGGCCUGAUUUUAUUACUACUCCUCAUAUGACUCACUUGGGUGACCCGAGAAUCGUGCCUAGUCCGGCCCCUUUUACCACCAGACAGGCGACUCCAGAGCCAGCAGAGGUUGUUCUCGAUACACCCGCCCAACGAUACCGUGACAGUGCCCGGUUGCUACUCGCUGGAAAUCGGGCAUCUCAUGGCUCGAGCAUAGGAGCAUCCAAUCGUCUUCGUUCAGCAAGCACUCCCGAUUUACACGCAAAGAUACCUAGUAAUCCUCCCUCCUACCAAGGUCACACCUAA